AUGUCUGCAGUGAACUCCGUUGACUUUAUGAAGAGUCACAUGGCCACCAUGGCGGCGUUGACACGACUUGCAGCUCGAUGCGGUUGCGGAAGCGCCUACACUCAAGCAGUAGCAGGAAGAGGAUGGAGAAAUGCGGUAGCAGUGGGAGAACAGGAGGAGGAAGAGGAUGAACAGGAGGAGGACGAGGGCGGCCUCGAGCAGGAGGAGGAGAAGGAGGAGCAGGAGGAGGAGGAGGAGUCAGAAUGA